UGGUUACGGUCAUAUUAGUAUCACUAGUAUCAAGAGGAACUUGCAGACCCCAAUAGUAUCAAGAGUGAACGGAGGAAGAUAAGAGGAGAGAAGAGAGAAGAGAGAGAAAUUCAGAAAAUUGAGAAUGUUGAAGUUCCUGUCAAAGGUGAAGCUAGAGUUCAACGCACUGGACUCCCGUGCAGGUGCGUGCAUGGAGUUCUUAGCCCAGUGUAGCGCGGGAAAAGCCAGAGACUCAAACCCCAGUUGCCAAGUCGAAGUUAAGCGUCGCACCGAUGAUCACCCUCCUCAAAUCAAGGUCACCUUCGUCAAUGGCGUUGAGGAAGUUUUCGACGCUUCUAAAACCUCUGCUCAAUCCAUUCGUACUCUCAUUCUCGAUAAAGGUCAGUACCUUGAAACUGAGCAGAUGUUUCGAGAUGGUGGUCAAGGUUGGCCUGUCAUUAUUCCUGAGGAAGAGCUUCGUGAACCUACUCCUAGUAUUAAGCCUAGAAAAGCAGAAGACAAAAAGCAAUAAUUGCCCCUUCUUGAAAAGCUAGCUAUGUCACAAAGAGAAAGCCCGAUGAGAGCAGGCAAUCACAUUGCAUAGCACUUUAGCACAGAGGAAAUCGGCUUGAAGCCCAAGAAAUAGCUUUUCAAGAUGGUCAAGUUUUUGAGAAUUAUUAUUUGUAUGAAUGGGAAUGUACGCUCUGGUGCCUGACUGAUAAGUGAUUAAGUGCAACAAUCAUGCAUUCACUUUACUGCAAUAGUAUUUCGUGUCAAUGGUCGUAUAAUCUUAUUUUACCUUUUCUCCUUUUACUACAAGUAUUAUAAAAAAAAAUUUGUUAGUUUUCUCCUUUUAUUUUUGACACUAUUCACAUGCAAUUCUGUGUUCAUCUUUUGUAUUUUAUGCACAAGAAAAACUGUACUUGUGGAAUCUUGUUGAAUUAGUCUUAAUAUGUACUU